AGUUGCAUACAGCGUAAACGGAAGUGGACGCAAUUUGUGAUGGUUGCGCAACUGUGCAUCAUUGUGAGUCUCGACCACCGUUAAAACGUGUAGUCCGUAAGGUCAUGCCUGGGUAUGUUUCUAUAGUUCCACAUGAAUGAAGCUAGUAACUAUACACAGUUGUUGAAUAGUAGGCGGUCUCUCAAACAGUAGUGAUCUACACUCAUCUGGUUAACGAAUGGAUCGUUCACUACAGCUGUAAAGCCGAAAAUAAGGAAUCACUAUUUCAACAAGGUGAUGGGUGAUCUUCGUCGUCAUCGUGAUUAGUUUGUUCUGCUGUGAGACCGAAAGCCACAGUGAACCACUCAUGUCCCGACACAGUAAAAUGCAAAAGCAGGUUCUGGCCUUGUAUCGCCAGUUCCUCCAAGCGGGACGGGACAAACCAGGCUUCAUCCCCCGCAUCCGAGACGAGUUCAGGGAGAACUCCCGGAUCAAGAAGAAGGACGUCAUGCACAUCGAGUAUCUGUUCCGUCGGGCACAGAGGCAACUGGAGCAGCUGAGGGACGUCAACACCAAACAGCUGGGCUCCUUCUCCAAACCUAAAACAGACAAGAUGACCUAGUGAACGCAACUUUGAAGGUCCCCUCCCCGCACCCUCAUGUUGUUGUUGUUGUUGUUGUUUCCUCAAGGAAACAAGUUGUAUUAUACCAAUUCUUGGGAGAGGGGAUCUUUUUAUUCUGUGAUUGCAGUGUUCACCGAACAUUGGUAUACCGUUCGCGAUUCUCCCAGUUGAGAUGCCCUCAAAGUGUGAGAACUAGGAGAUGCAAUGUGGGAAAGACAUUUAGUUUAAAUGUGUAUUUCAUUUGCAUUUAGGUGCGAUGAUGCAAUAUAGAAUAUUGUCUUUGGUCGACAAUGAAUGUGGCUGAUCCUCUGCUGUUUUCAUUCAUGUCCUUUAUUGUCCUUGCUAUAAAACGAGAAGUAGCAUUGUUUUAGAAAAUAAACUCGUAUUUAAACCAAAAUAUUGUUUUAUCCUGUGAUUUAAUCAAUUAAUAUUUACAUAAACACAUUUUGUAUAAUAUAAAUACAUAAUCUGUGAGGUUUUAACAUGCAUUGUGUCGGAUCUAUAUGUAGGCAUGACUUGUAUGUAAAUUAUUCUGAACCGGACAAAGGGGUAAAAAAAUAUUUUAAGAAUUCCCACUUCGUCCACCUGAGGGCAACAGAACGGGACCCGGCGACGGAAGAGGAACUAGACGUAAACAGGAAGCACAGGGAGUGGAGGAAAACAACAUCGAACGCCAACCAAAGACGGAUCCCAAUUAAAUAUAUUUAUUCCCUACAAAUAGCGUCGUUCAAUCUGUAAAUAAUUUGUUUUGGUUGCUACAAGUUAUGCCGGGGUCAGCGAAUACCACCGACGGGAUGUCGAAUCCUCAGUUAUUCCAGCAGAUGGCCUUCCUGAACUGGCUCUCAACACAGAGUGACAGCAGUAGAGAAACCCUGAUGACCUUGACCGGCAUCGGUGUGGCCAGAGAGCUGUUCAACCGCCUCACAGGACAGGACAGAGUGGACUACUUUAAG